UCAUACACAGAUAUACAGUACAUAUACACACACAGCUCUGCUACACGAAUCCUUCAUACACAGAUAUACAGUACAUAUACACACACAGCUCUGCUACAUGAAUCCUUCAUACACAGAUAUACAGUACAUCAAUAUACACACACAGCUCUGCUACACGAAUCCUUCAUACACAGAUAUACAGUACAUCUAUACACACACAGCUCUGCUACACGAAUCCUUCAUACACAGAUAUACAGUACAUCUAUACACACACAGCUCUGCUACAUCCUAUAGACACGUCAUUCCUCUAUGCGCUGUACCGCACCCUACACUCCAACCCCAACCAAUCACUAAACAUCAAACUGCUUGAAUCCUGCUCCUUCCAUUCACACAAGAACAAGCGACAACCACUACCGGCAUCCUGACCACACCUGCACACGUGACUGGUCACAUGGUCAUGACAUCACGAAAGGUCCUUCACCCACUAGGACUGAUUCUUCCUGGUAGUCCCGUACAGUGUGAUCAGCUGAUCUCUGCCCACCUGGUAUAGAUGACAGCUUGUCUGCGGAAUGGCACCUCAGCACCAUGUCCUCCAGGACACCACCAAGCUGGCAUCGUCUACCAUGGUCCUGCAGGUCAUCUUCCGCAUCCUGACAUUUGCCCUAAAUGCCUUCACACUGCGCUAUGUGUCGAAGGAGAUAAUCGGUAUUGUAAACGUUCGGCUCACCCUCCUUUAUACCACAGUAGUAUUCCUUGCCCGCGAGGCUUUCCGUAAAGCAUGCUUGAGCCAUUCUGCACAGCAGAGCUGGAGACACACCAUUCACCUCACCUGGUUGGCAGUACCACUAGGCAUCUGUUGGUCCUUAGUAUUGGGAUGGAUAUGGCUGAGUAUAUUGGAGGUCCCAGACCCAGCAGUCAUACCACAUUAUGAAGCUGGAGUUCUGGCAUUUGGAUUUUCUGCAGUAAUUGAGCUAAUAGCAGAACCAUUCUGGGUCCUCGCACAAGCUCAUCUCUUUGUUCGAUUGAAGGUGAUCGCCGAGAGUCUGGCCAUAAUCAUCCGCUGUUCUGUCACAGUCCUUUUGGUCCUUCUCUGGCCUCAUUGGGGGCUUCUCAUCUUUUCAUUCACCCAGGUCCUGUACACCAGCCUUCUCUCUCUGUGUUACAUUCUCUACUUUGCAAAGUUUCUUGGCACUCGGGAGGCAGAGAAAAAAUCUUUUCCAGUACACAGUAUGAUGGAAUUCUUCCCCCGAUACUCUGCGUCUCAGGACUUUUUGGAUUGGAAGCAGGCCUGGCUCGCAUGGAGCUUCUUCAAACAGUCAUUUCUAAAACAAAUCUUGACAGAAGGUGAGCGCUACGUAAUGACCUUUCUGAAUGUGCUGUCGUUUGGAGAUCAAGGUGUGUAUGAUAUUGUGAAUAACUUAGGAUCUCUGGUGGCACGCUUCAUCUUCUUGCCUAUUGAGGAAAGCUUCUAUGUCUAUUUCUCCAAAGUGCUGGAGAGAGGAAAAAACGGCAAGAGCCAAAGGACGGAGGAGAUAUCUGCGGCAUCUGAAGUUUUGGAGUCGCUCCUGAAGCUGGUGACAUUAAUCGGUCUGGUUAUCCUUGCCUUUGGUUAUGCGUAUUCACAGCUGGCAUUGGAUAUUUAUGGGGGAUCUCUGCUUAGUGGCGGCUCUGGUCCUGUUCUCCUACGUGUCUACUGUCUCUAUGUUCUCCUGCUGGCUAUUAAUGGUGUGACAGAGUGUUUCACCUUUGCUUCAAUGAGUAAAGAGCAGGUAGACAGGUUUAACUACAUCAUGUUGGGUCUCUCGCUAAGUUUCCUUUGCCUUUCCUACUACAUGACGAUUUGGCUUGGCAGCGUUGGAUUCAUUUUAGCAAACUGCUUUAAUAUGGGCUUACGGAUUGUUCACAGCCUCCAUUACAUCAGAAAGUAUUACAAGGAUAGCCCCUACCAGCCCCUUACAGGGCUUAUACCAUCUCUAGCAGUAAUAUGUGUGCUUGCAAUUAGCGCUGCAGUGACCAGAUACUCAGAGGGAUCUUUGUGCUGUGACAUGGGCUGGCCAUCCCGCCUGGCACACAUCCUGGUCGGAGCUCUCUGUCUGUCCGUCACGCUGGCUGCUGUAGUCCUGUCUGAAGGAAAACUGACUCACUUUAUACGCAGUCACUUCCUGUCUAAAAAGCCAAAGAAGAAAGUUUAACAGAGUCGAGAAUGAGCUUCUUCCAUAUACAGCCGAGGUAUUACGUGUCCUCUUCACGCGCAUGACACCCUGCAGGCCACGGAGGAUCCAGAGGAUUACUGUAUGAGCAAUGUAGAAGGGAUAAUGUCACUGAGUCCAGAUAGAGCAUGUAUAUUUACAUAAGGAGCUGCCUGUUGUGUGUGAAUGCUGCCAUUGAGAACCUGUCAUUACAGGCAGAAAAGAACUACACAUUUAACCUAAUACAGUGUUUCCCAACCAGGGUGCCUCCAGCUGUUGCAAAACGACAACUCCCAGCAUGCCCGGACAGCCAACGGCUGUCCGGGCAUGCUGGAAGUUGUCGUUUUGCAACAGCUGGAGGCUCCCUGAUUGGUAAACAAUGAUCUAAUAACUUGCAGGUCAUCUCUUUGCCCUUCCGAACAUGAUCAGACACAUUCCUGAACUAGACAUAUAUGUCCUCUAGUGAUGGGACGUUGUCGACCAUCAGCUAACAUAUAAAAGCAUCAGAAAGCAGUGCUGACCCCCACCCCCCUCCCCUUCCGCAAACUAUAGUCUUAGUGGCAUGGUGGAAGGAUUUAAUAGAUGGAAAUUUGUAUUAUGUUCUUACUUCUAUACAUUUCUCGUUUUUGUCUCUCUAUUUCUGAGCUAUUUCUAUUUAUUUGUUUUUACUAAUUAAAAUCAUAUACUGAUCCAUUUUUCUAAAUAUUCUUUUCAGAUCGUGGAUUUUUUAUGUUCAUAAUUGAGGAGGGCAGCCUUCUUGCAUGAGAUGCUGUUAAAGGGGUAUUCCAGGAAAAAACUUUUUUAUAUAUAUCAACUGGCUCC